UAUAAAGAAUGAUGGUUGUAGUACGGUACUCGUGAACUUUGAAACAUUUUAGAUGAAAAAAUAUAAGAGUGGAAAUGAUGUCGAGACGUUUUUCGGACGCACAAAACUAUUAUCAGCGGAUGAAAGAGCUGCAAGAGAAACUCAAACAGAGUGAGGACGAUAGAAUGCGGCUUGAAAAGAAAUUCAACAAAAUUCUACAAACAGUAAGAGCUGAGGAUAGAAUGAGGAAGCUGAGUUCGGCGAAAGACAACUAUAUGCAACUAAUAGAAGAAGACCGCAUGCGCAGUGAUCGCAAUGACAGCCUUAUGCAGAUUUUGGACCGCAUUGAGAACAGAGCCUGUUCCAUCAACGCCAAGACAGAGCGUCUACGGCUGCUAAGGAAACAUUAUGAAGCUUACAUGGAAAGAACAUAUCCAGGAUGGAAAGCCAAUGAAAGUAAAUUCUACGAGUCAUACAAUGAGAAAUUGAAAGCUAUAAACUCGCAUUUCAGAACGCUUUCAAACGAUUACACAGAUCUGCCUACUUGGAGAACAAGCCAGGAUAUGGAUGCAUCAAGAGAUGACAUCUCAACUGCUUCAGCCUACAGCAUUGCAAAUUCACCCCACACAUCCUACCUGAAUACAAGUUCCUUUAAUAUUCCUGACCAAAAUGAAGUGAGAAUCAAUAAUAUGACGGGCUCAAACUUUCAACCACCCAUUUACAACAAUUUUAAUUAUACUCCUCUAUCGAGAGAGUCUUUGGUACAGGUCCCAACAAGCAGCAACUUAAAGGAUUCGUCUAAUUUGGGUUCUAGUUACAAGACUUCAAACUACACUCUCAACAAUCUAACUACUCCAAUCAAAAGUAGUUUCAUUUCAAAUUAUUCAAAACCCACAUCAAUAGUUUCAGACUUGGAUUCAGAAACAUUCCAAUUGAAUAAUGAUAUCAGCCUUCCUCGAACAACGAGACAAAGUAAUGCUGAUCUUGAUAAGGAUUUCAAUACAAGAUCUGAUUACUUUGCAAACGAUAUUUUUGAUAGAACAGCAAGUAAUUCACAGAUAAAUUCUUACUCGCCAAGGUUCUCCAGAUAUGACAGUGGUAGACAAACUUUGAAGUAUAGUCACAAUCCUAUUUCACCGGUUGGGAAAUUCAGCAACAAGUAUAGUCGCCCAUCAAGCUAUGACAAAAAUUACUCGCCAAAAAGUUUAACCAGAUCGGCCAGCUUGGAUACAUUCACAUCGAAAUACUCUCCCAGGUACAGGUAUACAUCACCAACUUCCUACUCUGGCGAUAGGCUGUAUCGAUCCAACAGCCUGGGCAGAAUACCUCAGGAAACCAAAUCUACUUAUUCAUCUCAUAUUUAUGAUUAUGGAGUAGGCUACUACAAAAAGUACUCUCCUAGAACGAGGAUUCCAGAGAGAAAAAGCUACAGCACAUUGUCUACAACUAGUAGAAUUCCAUCAGAUGCGGGAUAUUUUUCUCACAGGAGUACAUCACCAGCAAAUAGUGCUACUUACAGUUCCUAUAACACACCUAGCUACGGAUACAGCAGAUACAAUAGCACACCUAGACUGACUAGGAGUAACUCUAUUCAAAAGAAUUACGACCCUCCUUACACUACAACCUCAAGAAGGAAUGUUGCAUCAAAUUUGCCUUACAUGUCAACUUUGUCGCGCAGUCAGUCCUUCAGUGAGAUUGAUGACCUCGAUUAUCUAUCAAGAAAGAAGAACUACGAUAUGUCUGGUUGGAACCAAUACCCUAUGGGCAGAGAACGAUUUUACUAUGAUGGUAGAAACAGUAAUAAUUAUCCUCAAUACUCAUCAGCUUAUUCUCCUGAGCCAGCUUACAAUGCCAAAAACUACAGCUUUCAAGCAGACAAAUCAACAUCAACAGAUGAUGGAUAUGAUGAAGAUAGGUCUAUGUAUGGGAGGAGGAUCAACAGAGUUCAUUAUGCAGACGAAAUGAAUAAUACAAGACCAACCUUGAACUACAAUGAUUAUACGACUGAAAGACUCUUGGAUAACAGCAGAAAAAUUUAUGAUAGAGAUCCUAAUCCUCAGAGGGAUCCUAAUCAUGAUUUGGGGGUAAAUACAAGAGGUAUUUCUGAAGAAACAUUGAAGACUACUGACAUCCAUGACAGAAAUAAAUUAUCAAGCAAAGAAGAACCGAGCAAAACUUCGACCAAUGUUUCACCCAUCAAAAAUGGAAGCAGUAUGGAUGAAUACAAACCACCCACAACAUUGCCAUAUUCACAGCAGAUACUACAAACCCUCGAAGAGAGAACAGAGGAGGAUAUCACUCAGAGCACAAGUGAGAACCCCUCGCUUGGCUCAGAACAGCAUUGGGAGAAUGAGAUUGGUAAACUCAAAGAUAUCAUGAAUUACGAUUCACAACCGCAAUCAUUUGUAUCAGGUGAUGGGAAAGAUCAUAACACCUCCAAAGAACCUUACAAUUAUUAUAAUAAAUCUGGCCACAGUCCUUCAACAACAACAGAGGGUCUAGUCAAGCCUGUAAGUGAUCAAACCGGAAAACCAGAAAGUGUAGAGGAGAAUUCUCAGAUGCCUGAUCUGAAACAGGAGAUAGAGAUGCUAAAAAGGAAAAAAGAAACCACACUGGACAAUAGUGAUGAUUUUAUUUACAAUGGAGCAUCUACCCAUCCCAGUUCUGCAAAUGAAUAUUAUCAGAACGAAAAUUUGGAAUUGAAUCAACAUCCAUUACAACCACCAUACUAUUCAGAUCCCAAUUAUAGUCCAUACACAUCAGAAGGAAAUAUUGAGAAAAUUCCACAAGAAAAAUUCAAUUAUCAUUCACAACCAACUGAGGUUAUGAAUGAUAAUAUACAUAGUAGAGUAAGUCCAUCUCAUAAUUUGGAAGAAUCUCAUGUAUUGGAAAAACAAGACCAACCAGAGAAAUAUGACAAAAAAUACAAAGAUAAGGUGGACAGUAAUAGGGAAUUGAAUAAAAGUCCAAUCGACUAUCAUUCAUCCAGACAAAUAAGUCCUGUUCCACAAAUUAGAGACAGAGACAGACUAGAGCAAGGAGACCAACACAAGAAACAAAUGAUUUUGCCAAUACAAGAUAGUUCAACUAACAAUUCUAGAGAUAAAGGACAGAUUUCUCCAAGAAGUUUGCAAACUAGUGAUAAAAGUCCUCACCAAUCUAAAAACAACAUUGAUGACAACCAGAUAGGUAAUACUAGAAUUAAUAAACAAUCUAAUGGAGUGAAGCCAGGAAAAGCAAUGGCUGAUUCUCAAGCAGAAAAGGUAUCAAAAGUACAUUCAUCUUCCCAGGAAAAACUUAAUUCUUCAAUUGGAAUGAGCCAAAAUCCACUCGGAGUGAGUAAUCAAAACCAAAAAAGUAGUCAUCCAACUCAACCUGAUAUUCCCAAAAUAAGUAGUGACAAUGGUAGUUCAUCACAAUUAGCAAAUGUACAAAAUACGAAUGCAAUGCAAAGGCAAACUACAGGAAUGAAAUACGAUCAUACACAACCAAGUCUUCAAAUGCCAGACCAUGAUAAUCAACAAAACAAGGCCAGUAUUCCAGAAGAAAUUAUCAAACAGCAAAGUCCAAUAAAUGUUUCUCAGAACUAUCAACCUCAACAGCUAUCAAACAAAGAAGGGAUACCACAAAUCAAUCCAAUAACAUCAGCUCCAAAUAAAGAGCAGAAUCAACAACUAGGAGAUGAAGUAUCUCUACAGCAGAAUGCCAUCCCAGAUCAGCAACAAUAUGAGCAGCCACAGCAUCAAAACUUUGAAGAAAGAGAGGCUCAUGAGCAAUACAAUUAUAAUGAGACUGGAGGAGAUGGUUACCAGCCACAAUAUGACAACUCUAAUGCUUAUCAAUACAAUGAAGAGCAAGCAGCCCAACAAUAUCCUAACAUUCAACAACCCCAUCAACAGUACCAGGAGCCUCAAUAUGCCCAGCAAGAACAGUAUCCACAAACUCAAGAAGGUCAGUACAAUCCACAGCAGGAUGGACAAUAUCCACAUGACCAGGAAGGCCAAUAUCUUCAGCAGGAUAAUCAAUAUCUCCAACAGCAGGAUGGUCAGUAUCCUCAACACCAAGAAGGACAAUAUCUUCAACAGCAGGAUGGUCAAUAUCCUCAACAGCCGGAUGAUCAGUAUCCUCAACAGCAGGAAGGUCAAUACCCUCAACAGCAGGAUGACCAGUAUCCUCAACAGCCAGAUGAUCAGUAUCCUCAACAACAGGAAGGUCAAUAUCCUCAACCACAGGAAGAUCAAUAUCCUCAACAGCAACAGGAUAUACAAUACGUACAACAGCAGGGAGACCAAUAUCCUCAACAAGAAUACCCUCAAAAACCAAUGGAAAACUAUGCUCCACCUCAAGACCAGUAUCCACCCCAGUAUUCACAAGAUAAUAUGGCAAGUAAUCAGUUGCCAAUUGAAAGGCAAUAUCCAGAAGGUGAGGUGCCAGAACGAUUCCCUGAAAAUCCCAACGACCAGCAGUAUCUUGACCAGUCACAACCAUACACAGGAGAACAACAACAACCCCAGCAAUACAUGCAAGGUGAAAAUCAACAGCCUUACCAAGAUGGCGGCCAAUAUGGACAGCAGUAUGGUGAUGGUCAGCACUACCCUAAUGAACAGUAUGCCAACUAUCAGCAGGAUCAGCAAGCCUAUCCAGAAAAUUAUUAUGAGCAACAGCCGGGCUAUGAAGGCUACAAUGAGCAAGCACAGGAGCAUUACCAGCAAAAUCCUGACCAAUACAAUGCCACUAAACCACAAGAACAAUUCUAUCCUGAUGGUCAGGCAGCAGUGGACAAUAAAGAUCAGCAACCUAGUGAUCAAUAUCAACCUACAGAACAAACUUUACCAAGUGCAGGAAAUUAUGACCAACAACAGGUGGAACAACAAAGUGCUCCGAUUCCAGAGAAACAAUCAGCAGAUAACAGGCCAACUGAUGUUUUGCAAGAUCCUCAAGAUAAAGACUUGAACAGAGUCCAAGAGGAAAACCAACAAGAAAGAUCAAAAGUAGAACCAGAAAAGCCGCCAUCACCUGAGUCUUUUAGCAAGGUUGAAAGUGACAAAAAGGCAGCAGAAGUGAAGACCACCAACAGUCCCAAACCUGAGGGCAACAUCCCAACAACAACAGCUGAGUCAGCACCUGCAGCUACAGACAAACCAACACCGAAACAGCCUCCAACAGCUUCCAAGGCCGCAGCUGAGAAAACAGCUGAAGGAAAACCUGAUUCUAAAUCAGCUCCUGCCUCGGCACCAUCCAAGACAGCCGACAGUGGAGGGGGAAAACCGGCAACGAGGGCUGCGGAGAAGAAGGGAGGAGCUGAGGCUGGAGGGAAAUCAGCUGGCGCUGCCAAAUCAGCUGAUGGCAAACCAGCUACCAAAUCUAAAGCUGGAGAAAAGAUUGGUGGUCUGAAAGGAGCUGCAGCUGCGGCCAGAACAGCUAGUAAGCUACAGAAAUAAGUUACUAAACUUUAAUAAGGAGAUAUUGAUGAUAUAAGUCUAUGAAAGGUAUUAUUACGAAUACUUUUCCUACCAA